UUAGAUGCGUCGCGGUGAUCCCGCAAAUGGGCAUCCCUUAUAGUAUGAAAUGGAGGUGCAAGAGACCGAAGAGGUGGUUGUGAAUUGCGAGAAUGACAGUGGCGUUGUGUUCAGGGACUCCCUGUGUGCAAUCCUUACAUCUCUCACAAAUUUUCAGUCGAAGCUUAAUUUGCCAAAAGAGGCAUUGAAAGUUGAGGCCGAUCCAAGCCAACUUCCCACUCAGCUAGCAUCCCAGCCCGUGCCAUCAGAUGUUCUUGGAGCAGUUGAGGAGCACAUCCUCAGUUUACAGAAUCUCACAGAAAAGCUUAGAAAACUACAAGAUGAGAUUCCCCAAGAAAUUAAACCCAAAACAGACAUUGUUUGUGAUGCCAAAAUAGAGUUAAACACUGAUAAUGACCAACAACAACUUCCAAAGCCACAGGAAACUUCAAGUACUGAGCAAGCAGACACCAAUGUCCAAAUGAAUUGCAACAUAGUUCAGAUCAAGGCUGGAAAAUCUGAAAUUGAGAGAAGAAUACGCGCCUUCAUUGAAAGAAAGCAGAUUGAGAUCAAUGAAAACAAUAUUCGGGAGUUCUGCAAUGUUAUUGACUGUAAUCAAGAAAACAGCUGUGCAAGGACUGAUGCUGUAUUCACUCCUUAUCCAGGAUAUAAAAGCCACAUAAAGGUUUCAAGAGUGGUUAACAGUUACGGUCCACAGACCAGAACUAACGGGAGUGAAGAACGUGGCGAGAAGUCAAGUUUAGUUGGGGCAGACUGUGGCAAUCCUGCUGUUGAGGAACGACUUCAGAACCUGGAGACCCACUCAAAGUUGCGUUCAGGUGGACCAGUUCCUCUUGACAUAUAUCAGAGGCUGAAAAGACUAGAAGACAGAGUUUUAGAGCUUGAAGGUCUCUCUCCUGAGUAUUUCCUGGCAACGAGCCUGCUGCCUAAAAGACAAAAAAUACCGCCUCCCCAGACAUACAGCCUCACGGAAUUAGAUGGAAAGAUAAAUGCUUUAAAAGCAUCACUGAUGAAGAAGAUGAGCGAGUCUUUGUCAAUGGAGACUGGUAUGGUGUCCUAAAGAAACUCUUUCCAGACAAGGCCAUAUCACUGUUUGGUUUUUUUUUGUGUGUGUGACUCCUUCAUGUCGGACAAAAACCCUGAAAAUGUUUUUCAGAGUUGUAAGAAAAUUGGCCAUGACAUUUUGCUACUGACAGCCACAGCAGAAGGGUUUUGUUUUUGGGAUCCUUGUGAUAAAUUUUUGGAUUUUGAUUUUUCAUGUCUUGAAAUUUUUUUUUGUCUGUCUUGUGGUUACCCUGGUUUUGUAGUCCACUUCUUCUGGUUUUUGUACACAGUGAGUGUGUUUGAGUCUUGAAUUAAUGAAUAAAACCUCUAUACUGUGUUAUUAUGAUUAUAGUAAUAAAAUUGUAAUGCAUCUCUUGAAUGUGUGAUGAAUCGUAAAAUGGUCCUAAGUGUAAACUAUAUGUGUGCUGUUGGAACACUCGGAGAAUCCUUUGAAUGUCUUUAUUUAUUUUAGCUGAAAAAUGCCUUAAGGAAGUUAAUGAAACUGAGAAGUGUAUUAAAGAUGGAAAGCUGGAAGAAAUGGUUUACUCCGAGGGUAGUGGAAGGCUGAAACUGGGCAUCCAUGAUAAUGCAGAUCAGCCAACCAUUUACAAAGAAAUAACUGGAUGUGAUGCAGGAAUUCCCUAGAUAUGGACCAAAUGAUACCUUUUAAUGUUUAGUGGUAUAGGUAGGUCCAUAUUUUAAUAACCUGAAUAUUUGUGGCAACCCUUGGCUACACGUUUGGCACAGUUUUACAAUGCAGACAGUUUCUUAAAUAGCAAUUUUAAUUUGUACCUCAGAUUUGUCUGUUGUCUGUUCCAGAUUCAGAUGAAGCGGUUUAGUUUUCUACAUUUCCAGGCACCUUCCUUUAUGGCUGAUUACUCCUUUUUGGUCAAAGUCAUUUGAAAGGUUAAAAUGGCACAGGUGGGAAUGACAAUGUGCUCUUCGGAGCAGACCCAAACACAAUUGUCAUUCUCAGCUGUGGCCCUGCCACUUAUUUCUGCCUACAGCAAGUCAAUCAGUGUCAGAAUGAAGGUACUGAAUACAUUAUAACCUUUUUGUAAUCUAAAUUGUUAAACAAAAUGAAUUUUGAACAAAUGUUUCCAAGAAAACAGCCCACGCACUGGCUGGUGCCUUUGAAUAUGGAUAAAAAAUAAUGAAGAAAUUUAUAAGCACAUUUUUCAUUGUAAGACAUUAAUCGAUCCAUAAUUGGUUUGUUACAGAAACCCACAGUUUUAGAAGAGGCUUUGGCAAACCUGUAAAGUUGGAAAUUUGUUUUUAAUCAUGUCAUAGUGAACAGCAUUGCAAACCUUUUACGUACUAGUAAAAGCAAAGCCAGGCAUUCACAAAAUUAGACAGGGAUCAUAUUUUACCAUUUCAACUAGUUAAGGGUGAAAUGUCAGUUUAGUGAUUUACUAAAUUCAUGGAAGCACUUCUAGUGAUGAUGAUGCUGGUUCUCUUACUUCAUUUAUGCCAAAAGUAUUUUUCCAAGAGUAGCCCCAGGGUGACAACCUUAGUAUAUUCCUGUUUUUUUUUUUUUAAACAAUUGUUUUUGUUAUGUUAAAAAAAAAAA